UAGGAAACGCGCAGGCGUCGUUUUAGUAUAUUUACGGAAAUGAGAACAAAAGUCAAAAAACACUGUUUAUAUUUUGUCGUGCACUAGAACCUUAUCGAUUGAGAUGCGUUUCUACACAAAAAUUAACCGAUGACUCACGCAGUGACGACUGUUAAAGCAUACAUCAAAUAUCACCGAAACAAUCCAACUCACUCCAGCAAAGUGUGUGGAAUUAUGUGAACCCCACGGUUUGGAAACGAAAACAGCGCAUACAAAUGCAUUAAUGAAUGCAGACUUAGUGUUAAAAAUAGCAUCCAGAAGAAGUUUCAUUCUACCGAUAACUACGGGUUUCGAAGAUUACUCUCCGCCAAAGUUGUAGCUCAGUAACGAAUCCAGCGCCAUGGGAAACACACAAGCUGCCAACGAAGGCAAAGACAGCAACGUCCAAAAACUGCCCAAACAAAAUCUAGUAAAAGGUCGCAGUUUUAUGAAAUUUGGAAAGAAAAAGCAACUUCUGGUGGACCAUGACGGGACCUCUACGGUGGCCUUUGAGUGCAGCACAAAAUCGGAAGUGGAUGCUGAAAACGAAGAUGGAUUUUCGCAUAUAUUGAUUGAUGAUGGCAUUACGGCGACAGCAGCCUCCAGCAGUCAAGGUCAACAUCUGUCCAAAUCAGCUGAUUCACUGCUGGUGGAAGACGCUGUCGCAAAACGGGACUACGAGUUCGUCUCGAAAAAUGAAUGCUUCCAGAAAUGCAUCAAAACUGAAACGGGAGCACAUGAAGCGCAGAAUAUCAAAGAUAGUGGCCCUAUCGCGGCACCGCUAGACACCGAUAGUGCGACUGGCAUAGCUAUGGCCCGAGACGCAACCGUCGCACCCCCGCCAGAAGCCAGUAAUUCAGCAACGAUGACGACACAAAUAUGUACAGACAUUAACAACAAAGCACAGUCACAUCCCACUGAAGACGGCACAAACGAGUCGCUGACCUUCUUCAACGGCACCGGCAGCAUCGCGACCAGUGGCAAUCAAUCAGUACCACUAGCACAAGCAAACAACUGCACCAAAACACCACCAACACAAACGCCUCAGGAAAUAGUAGGCAACAAAUUGCCGGUUUUAUCCGCUACUAUGGCAACAAAGCCGAACCCAAACAGCCUCAGUAGCAAACUGGUUCUGGGUGAAGGUACAACGAAUGUCUACAACUGCGAUCCCUCAUCUGGAUCGAUCGUAGUUACCACGGACUCCUGGAAACGGGCCCAAUUACUGAGUGAAAACGUUACCACAGUUCAUGGAUCGGUAGAGCAAGGUAAAGAUCGUAGCAAUAAAGUCAUCCACUUGCUUGAGCACACCACCUCAUCCAGCUCGGACUCAAUUUUUACCGAUCCAUCUACACCGCUGGGUGCUUUCGCAACAGAGAUCAACCAGGCCUACUACUCCGAAGAGGAUCUACUUGAAACGCAAGAGGACGAAGAUCGGACUCCAGUCAAAAAGGACCAAACUGUAACGGCACUAAAACUUCAGCAACUAAGUGUUCAUAAAAUCGACCCGAUUGAUUUGGAUUCAAAUCAAUUAAAGUGCGACGAGUGGAGAGAAAAAUUAACGGUUUCUAAUGUGUCCAGUGUCAAUGUCAAAAGCAGCAGUGAUCAAUGGCUUGAACGGUGUAGUGUGGAAAAUGUGAACAGCAUCAGUUUAGAUGGUCAGUGUGCGUUUGAAGAAGAAAAUGUAAUUCCAGCGAUUCCGCAAGACAACGAAAGUGUGGAAAUGGCAUUCAAUAUUCGUAACACCACUACUCCUAGCGCCACAGUCCACAUCCAAAAUGCCGAUGAUCGCGCGACGCCAACGGACGAAGUCAAAGAAAAAUGCUUAUUCAAUAUCUCACGUGUUAAGAAAGUAGAGCUCGCCGAGAUCAAGACGCCCAGCUCGCUAUACGCCACUCCAUUGCCGUUGCCUCAAUCUUUAGAUCCAGCGCGGACAAGUUCUAACGAUCAACAAUGGGCAACCCCAAAACUGCCAAUAGGCGAGGGCAAUGUUCUUCGCAAGGUAGUUUCACUGUCAACCGGAAAAGUCAGCGAAAGUACUCCCGUCAGCAGAAUCUCCCGUCCAACAUUUGUUCCGGAGAAAUUGAACUUUUCUGCGUACGAAAAAUUCGAAGGUCAAAUGCUGAUGAACUGGCUUACAUCGACACUUUUGUCGACGAAUGUGAGGGUUAACGAGCAUGAGCUGCAUACGGUUAUGCUGCAAUACUGCACCAACUUGAUGGUGGCCGGUGUGAUCAAGCAGAUUCCGGAUAAACUGGCACCAAUGCAGGAAACAUUUCGGCCAAACCUCAUGUACCAGUGGACCCACACGGAAGUGCCAUCACCUGCACCAUUGACACCUGGUAGACUAGAACCACACGUAGUUUGGCCGCAUAUCGUUCCUUCCACUGAAACCGCUACCAAAUCGGCUGCUCACUCCACUACUGGUCCUCCGGAGGCAACCGAGACCGAAAACUCUAAAAUCACGGUCCAAACUAGCACACCUAAAGUAACUAAAAGCAAGGCCGACUCACACGUGGAAGAUCUGAAAAACAAAGUGACCAAUUGUGAAACAAUAAGUGAUGUCAAAAGACUGAUUCGAACGUUUCUCAGUGAAAUAGAAGAUGAUGAUGAUGACGCGAGUCUAGUGGAAAUAGUUGAAGGAAAAAAUCGAAAGUGUUUGCUCAGUGAUUUGCUCAACGAAACCGACGUGACAAUCUAUCAGAUCAACCAGAAAAAUGUAGCACAAGUUCCGGACACAGCAGAAAUACCGCCAACAGCACCUCCACUCGUUAGUCUCGCAACGGAACCGGAGUCUUUACGUACUAACGGAAAUUUAUCAGUUGAAUGUGAUUCCAAUAUCAGUAACGCGAGCUUGCCUAACAGUAUUUUUAACCGCAAAGAAUGUUCCUUGCCUACUAGUGUUAGUAAUAGUAACGUAACUAACGGCACGGUGUUUAAUAAUAACACUAACGAGACUCCCAGUGCUAUGUACGUUUGCCGUAACUGUAGUAAGCGGACAGUCGUCUCAAGUGAGCAUGGUUCCUGUGCAACCGGAAAUGACAAUCUCGUUGGGAGUACUUCAGAGCCCAUAUUCUAUCAAUUCAAAAAUCUCACAACACAGCAAACGCAAACCGACCCAGAGAAAGAGAAUGAUGUUUUACCGCCAGCAAGCUAUCCCCAAUCUUCAGCAUUACCCCCUCCACCGCCACCACCACCUCCUCCUCCGCCACUACAAGCGUCCACAUGUAAAGCUCCCCCGUUUCUUCCUCCUCCUCCACCACCUCCACCACCUCCACCAGCAUGCAUUCCUCUUGCUCCACCUGUUCCACCAAUACCACCAGGAGCUUUCACUAACACACUGCCGGUUGCACCUCCCUUGCCACCACCACCACCGCCACCAUUGACAAUACCACCAGCACCGAUGCCCUUGACAAACGGUGCACCAGCACCACCUGCACUCACCGGCGCUGUCGUUUCCGCGGGAUCAGGUAAAUUACCGUCAAGUACUACUCAAAGUGUCCAUGUGGCCGCGGCUGGCCCACCACCACCAUUACCAUUACCAAUACCAACGCCCGGAGGAUGGUAUCAGACAAAUACACUUCGUAAGACUGCCGUCAAUCCUCCGAAGCCAAUGAAACCACUUUAUUGGACUAGAAUAGUAGCACCGAAGUUAAGUCCGGUGACGGAAACAGACUCGGUCUGCGAAGCCACUACUUCCGAGGAACAGAAGCUUGCUUUAUGGCAAGAACUAGAAGAAACGAACCUCGACAAUCUGGAUGAGUUCACCGAGCUCUUUUCACGGCAGGUCGUAAUUCCAAAAGUAAAGGAAAAGGUCGAAAAGCCAGAAAAAACUAUCAAAGUAUUGGACAGCAAGCGAUCGCAAAACGUGGGAAUCUUUGCGAAAAGCUUGCACGUUGACUUCGUUGAGAUAGAAUUUGCGAUCUAUCACUGUGAUACAUCGGUGGUAAGCCUGGAGGCUCUCCAGAAGAUUAUGGAAAUUAAGGCAACUGACGAAGAGUUGGCUCAAAUCAAAGAAUGUGCUGAAGGGAAUAUACCUUUGGAUCCACCAGAACAGUUUCUCCUUAGGAUUUCCAACAUAUCGUCUUUCUCGGAACGCAUUUCCUGCAUUGUGUUCCAGGCUGAAUUUGAUGAGCACUACAUUUCAGUGACGAGAAAGCUGGAAACGGUCAAACACACCUGCGAGUUUCUCAUUGAUAAUGAACAGCUAAAGCAUCUAUUCUCUAUUAUUUUGACUCUUGGCAAUUACAUGAAUGGAGGUAAUCGCACACGUGGUCAAGCGGACGGAUUCGGAUUAGAAAUUCUUGGCAAACUGAAGGAUGUCAAAUCAAAAGAUAACAACAUAACUCUGCUACAUUUCAUAAUCAAAACGUACAUCAGUCAAUGCCGAAAGAGUGGCCAGCUAUUGCAUGACGUGAAACUUCCGGUUCCCGAUCCCGGUGAUUUGGACCGUGCUGUUCUAGUAGAUUUUGACGAUUGCAAAACGCAAUUGAACAUGCUCAAGUCCAAAACAGACGAAUGCCGACGCGUUACAGAAAAGGUUAUCAGUGACUCUGCAGAAAGUAACAUUCAGCCAUUCAAGGAAAAAAUGGAGACAUUCAUUGAAGUAGCGACAAAAAGAAUUGAAAAGCAAUACCGGAGACUGGACGACUGUCGGGAAAUUUUUAUCAAAACGAUGGUUUUCUACAAAUUUACGCCAAAAUCUGGAACAUUGGAAGAUUGCAAACCCGAAUUAUUUUUCGAACCAUGGAUUUCAUUUUCCCAUGAUUUUAAAAACAUUUUCAAAAAGGAAAUUUUAAAUUUAUCCAAUGAGUUACUGAAGAAAACAAACCGACGACCACCAACAACAACGAGCAACUCCAAACAGACAUCUACAGGAAAACAGAAGCCUAGCUCACUGAAAGAGCGCUUGAAACGUUUGAGUGGCAAAAGUUAAAACAGACAAGUUCGUCCGGACGCGAUUGAAUGGAAUUCUUAAUAAUGAAAAUAUUUUGUGGUUUAUCUCGCAAUGACAAAUAUUUUUCCGUUCAUCAAUAUAAUCAAAAACGCUAGAUGCGCUAGUGCUGGUAAACUACACUAUUAAUAACACAACGGUAGCAUUUCGUUUACAACUCCUAUAGAAUUAUUUAUCGCAUCCAGUAUAUGCAGUUGCUAAUUUUAAAUCUUCAAAAGAAGAAAUGAUAGAUUAAUUAUUAAGGCAAAGAGAAAGUAUUUAAGUGUACAAAAAGUAUUUAAUAAAAUGGUAUCAUACAUCGUUGAA